AUGUCUUCACCAUCUGGAAGACGGAGGGGUCGCUCGGCCAAGAACUCAACUGCAUCCCCCUCCUCGUCAUCGCGACAGGAGCCCCCUAGCAGCCCAAAUUUUCAGGUCACCCCUCGUGCCUCAAGGCGACUAAUGGGAGAGGGUGCCGUGCCCUCUUCAUCCCCAAUCUUCUUCCAAUCGUCGCCUACCAAAGGAAACAACAAUGGCGAACCCUCUGAUGAGCAGAUGGGCGAUGCCAGCUCAACGGUGGACGAUGGCGACAGAACUCCGCGAGGAAACCCCGGCGUGAGAGAUUCAUCGCCUAUUAACUAUAUUCCAAGCUCUAGCCCGACGCGAGGCUUUGGCCGCUCAGAUAUUCGCUCAGAUAUCCGCUCCGAUGCACCCAGCACUGGUAGUGGAUUGUUCGUGGGAUCCGAAACUCCUGGUCCUCGUGCCAUCCACCGUCGCAGUGAACUGAACUCAAGUGGCUUUGGCGCCACCCCUAAUCGUCGCAACCGCAUGUUCGUCGAUAGCAAUGGAGUGCCGUCGCAUGAAGAUAAUGCCAUUCCCCGUUCUGAUGCCACAUUCUCUAACAUCAACCCUGAUACCUCCGAGGCAGAAGCCAUGCACGGCAACUCUACUCGUGUGAUCUGGGGUACCAAUAUCGCAAUCGCAGACUCGAUGUCUGCAUUCAAAAACUUCCUAUACAACUUCGCUCCGAAAUACCGCCUUUGGGCUGAUGGCGCGACAGAGGAUGAGACCCGGGUCAUGGGAGAAGCAGCAGAGAGACGUGAAUGUAUCAAGGAGCUCAACGAUAUGCGCAAACUCGGUGUUACUUCCUAUAACCUGGAUGCUGAAAAUCUUCGGGCAUACCCAUCCACUCGCAAGCUGUGGCACCAACUUUGCGCAUACCCAGCAGAGAUCAUCCCCCUGAUGGAUCAGAGUUUGAGGGACGUGAUGGUGGACCUGGCUCUUAAGGAAAUGGAUGUCCUGCGAUCGGAGAGCCAGCGUGGAGCUCAAGCCCGCGGCCGUCGGGGCCACUCCAUUCUUACCUCGGACGGGGUAGCACCCAACCCCGAUAUCCCGGAUUUGGUUGGGGAAGUUGAAGCGCUCAACUUUUCCACACGUCCAUUCAACCUGGAUCGCUCUAUCAACAUGCGUGAGCUCGACCCAGCCGACAUGGACAAGCUGAUUAGCAUCAAGGGUCUGGUCAUCCGUGCUACUCCCAUCAUUCCCGACAUGAAGGAAGCAUUCUUCCGAUGCAACGUCUGUGGAUACGGCGCCAAUGUCGAUAUCGACCGCGGUAGAAUCAACGAGCCCACUGAAUGUCCACGUGAAUCGUGCAAGGAGAAGAACUCGAUGAAGCUCCUCCACAACCGAUGUUACUUCGCAGACAAGCAAGUUAUCAAGCUUCAGGAAACUCCAGAUAGUAUCCCUGAUGGUCAGACUCCUCACUCCGUGUCUCUCUGUGUCUAUGAAAGCCUGGUCGAUGUCUGCAAGGCUGGUGACCGCGUGGAAGUGACGGGUAUCUUCCGUUGCAACCCCAUGAGAGUCAACCCUCGCCAGCGCUCCCAGAAGUCUCUCUUCAAGACCUACGUCGAUGUUCUUCACAUUCAAAAGGUCGAUCGCAAGAAGAUGGGCGUUGAUAUGUCCACCGUCGAACAAGAGAUGGCCGAGCGCGCGAUUGAAGCAGACCAGCUGCGCAAGGUCUCUGCGGAAGAAGAGGAAAAGAUCAAGCGCACUGCUUCUCGCCCCGAUAUCUAUGAGCUUCUGUCUCGCUCUCUGGCUCCCAGCAUCUAUGAGAUGGAUGAUGUCAAGAAGGGUAUUCUACUUCAGAUGUUCGGAGGUACCAACAAGACCUUCCAGAAAGGUGGUAACCCUCGCUACCGUGGUGAUAUCAACGUUCUUCUGUGUGGUGAUCCCUCGACUGCCAAGUCACAGCUGCUUCGUUACGUCCACAAGAUCGCCCCUCGAGGUGUUUACACUAGUGGUAAGGGUUCGUCAGCGGUUGGUUUGACCGCGUACGUGACCCGUGAUCCAGAGACUCGCCAGAUGGUUCUCGAAUCUGGUGCUCUGGUCUUGUCCGAUGGCGGUGUGUGCUGUAUCGACGAAUUUGAUAAGAUGAACGAAUCCACUCGGUCUGUUCUCCACGAAGUGAUGGAACAGCAAACCGUCUCCAUCGCUAAGGCGGGUAUCAUUACCACACUGAAUGCGCGCACGUCUAUCCUCGCCUCUGCCAACCCUAUUGGCAGUAGGUACAACCCCCAACUUCCAGUUCCCCAAAACAUCGAUCUUCCUCCCACCCUUCUCUCUCGUUUCGAUUUGGUCUACCUGGUGCUCGAUCGUGUCGAUGAGUCGGAAGAUCGCCGUAUGGCCAAGCACUUGGUUGGCAUGUACCUCGAGGACAACCCUGACAAUGCCAGCUCACACGAGAUUCUUCCCGUCGAGUUCCUCACCUCCUACAUCACAUAUGCCAAGACCAACUGCCAGCCCGUCAUCACCCCCGCCGCCGGUAACGCCCUUGCGGAUGCCUACGUGGCCAUGCGCCAGCUGGGUGACGACAUCCGCGCGCAAGAGCGCCGCAUCACAGCCACCACCCGACAGCUGGAAUCCAUGAUCCGUCUCUCCGAGGCCCAUGCCCGCAUGCGUCUCUCCCCCGAAGUCACGGCUGCGGAUGUUGAGGAGGCAGUCCGCCUCAUUCGCUCCGCCAUCAAGCAGGCCGCCACCGACUCCCGCACCGGUCUCAUUGACAUGGGCCUGUUGACCGAAGGGUCCAGUGCGGCCGACCGUCGCCUGCGCGACGAUCUGAAGAAGGCCGUGCUCGCGCGGCUGGACGAGCGCGGCGGUGCCACAGGUGGCUCCGUCCGCUGGGCUGACCUCCUGCGUGACGUGAGUGAGCAGAGCGACAACAAGCUGGACCACACGCAAUUCAACGAAGUGGUGCGGUCGCUUGAAUCCGAGGGCUCGGUGAAUGUGUUUGGAGAAGGUGCUCGUCGCAGUAUCCGUCGGGCGGCCAUGAGCCUGGCCUAG